UCAAUUCCAACAAGGUCCACCAUCACCACAACCACUCUCUAUAUAACCUUCUUUCCCCUCACGCGCUUACACGCGCUUCGUUUUCCUAUUACUACUCACCGCAGCAAAACAAACAAAGCCCACCAUUUUCGGGGAUUCGAGAAUAUAGAGAGAGGUUUUUCUCGCUAACCAAACAGCCAAAAAAUGCAGAGAUUAUUCUUGUCGAGCAGGAAGGCUUUAACGGGAAGAGAAUUUCACCGAUGGAAUAGGUGUUUCUCUCAUGCAGCUCAGAAAGAAGCAUCUUCUCUCCACGACAAUGGCGUCGCUGCCGCCGAUGUUGUUAUUCCCAUCCCUAAAAUCCCUCACUUCGAUUACUCUCCACCGCCGUACGAAGGUCCUUCCGCCGAUGAGAUUUUGGCCAAGCGCAAGGAGUAUCUAAGCCCUUCUAUGUUUUGCUUCUACAACAAACCGUUGAACGUGGUGGAUGGGAAGAGGCAAUACUUGUAUGACGAUACUGGGCGGAGAUACCUUGACGCAUUUGGAGGAAUUGCUACGGUGUGUUGUGGUCACUGUCAUCCUGAUGUGGUUGACGCCAUCGUUACCCAAACGAAGCGAUUACAACACUCUACUAUUCUCUACCUCAACCGCGCCAUAGCUGAUUUUGCUGAGGCUCUCGCCUCCAAGUUGCCUGGAAAUCUCAAGGUGGUAUUUUUUACGAACUCUGGGACUGAAGCGAAUGAGUUGGCGAUGAUGAUAGCGAGAUUGUACACGGGUUGCCAUGAUAUUAUAUCGUUGAGAAACGCGUACCAUGGUAACGCUGCUGGGACCAUGGGGGCCACCGCACAGUGCAACUGGAAAUUUAAUGUCGUACAGAGUGGAGUUCAUCAUGCUCAAAACCCAGACCCCUAUAGAGGUGUUUUUGGUUCAGAUGGAGAGAAGUAUGCUAGAGAUGUCCAAGAAAUUAUUGACUUCGGAACUUCAGGAAGCGUUGCUGCAUUUAUAUCUGAAGCUAUACAGGGAGUAGGAGGAAUUGUUGAAUUGGCACCAGGUUACUUGCCUGCAGCUUAUAGUAGCGUAAAGAAAGCCGGCGGGCUUUGUAUUGCUGAUGAAGUCCAAUCCGGGUUUGGUCGCACUGGGAGCCACUUCUGGGGAUUUGAGACCCAAGGUGUUGUGCCCGACAUAGUAACAAUGGCAAAGGGCAUUGGUAAUGGCAUUCCCCUUGGUGCUGUUGUAACAACUCCAGAGAUUGCAGAGGUCCUAACUCGCCGCAGUUACUUUAACACUUUUGGCGGAAACCCUGUAUGCACAGCUGCAGGACUAGCUGUUUUGAAGGUGAUUGAGAAAGAAAAGCUUCAGGAGAAUGCAUUUGUUGUUGGGUCCUAUCUCAAAGAUAGACUUACCUCUCUCAAGGACAAAUAUGAAGUUAUUGGAGACGUUAGGGGAAGAGGACUAAUGCUUGGAGUUGAACUAGUCACCGAUCGUCACUUGAAAACCCCUGCGAAAGCUGAAACUUUACAUAUCAUGGACCAAAUGAAAGAUCUCGGGGUUCUGAUAGGCAAAGGCGGAUAUCAUGGAAAUGUAUUCAGAAUUACACCUCCUCUCUGCUUCAACAAGGAAGAUGCAGAUUUCUUGGUGGAUGCUCUGGAUUACUCGAUGGCGAAGAUGUAAAGCUCGCAACAACAACGUAAAUAUCUAUCUCCGAUACCUAAUUAUUCAUUCACAAAUAGAUCUAUCUGCCUUUCUUUCUCUUUUUCUGUACUAUGAAAGGUCUUUUGUGGAUGAAAAAUAAUAAAUUCAUAUAGGUUUCUACUCUAGUUUUCUAUGUUAGAAUCUCUCAUAAACACAAAUAAUUAUGAUGAGUCAACAACUCGUUGUCUCUCAAAUAUGGCUAUUUCUCUUUGUUUGUUUUUACUUUGUGGCUCUUCUCUAUUAGUUUAAAUAUUUAUUUUCACUAAUUAUUAUUGUUAAUAGACAAGGAAGAUGUGACACACUGCAAUUAUGUGGAAUAAUUGGUCUUAACAACUUUUUUUUUUCUUUUUCUAGACCAAAUUGAAUUGGCUGAGGUGUAUAAUAUAUACUAAUGGGGAAUGACUAUGUACAAACAAGGCAUGUUUGCUUUUUAUAUAAGGAAUAAAUAUGUGUAACUCUA